CGAUUUUCAUUUCGAAACCCUUCAAAUUUGAAUAUGCUCUUCUUGAGCACCGUAUCGAACAAAUGGAAUUGAUAUAUUAUAAUUUAUGAUCGGUUUAUAGUCGCUCAUUUUUAUUUUAAAUCGUUAAUAAGUGUACUGAUUAUGACCACGUGUGGGACUAUACAACAUGUGUAUAUACGGAACAUACGUAUAACCACAUUGUGAUAUAAACUGUGAAUAUACAGUAUUAAAAUCUGUGAUGUAUAACCAUAACGAUGAUAUUAAAAAAUAUAUAACAGAAGCACAUAGAACAAAAAUUUUACGUACGUUAUCGUAAAGGAUUUUACAAAUAAUGUCCUACAUAAGCUAAUGAAUUAAUAAUGAUUUGAAAAUGUACAUGAUAUGUAAUAUAUAAAACCAUAUCAAGUAUAAAUUAGAUUUGACAAAUUAAAAUAAAAAAUAAGUCGAUAACUAUAACAUAAUCGUCUAAAAUACAGCAACGAUUGUUGUAAACAGAAGAUAAAAACAAGGACGUAAGAAAUAGCAAAAAAGUAUAUCGCAUUCAUUUUCAGCAAAAUGAGUUUUAACAAAGUUAAAGAAGUCAUAGAAGAAGGGGAUGUAGUAAUUUUAUAUUUAGGUCCUAGUAAUAUGCACUCUUUAGAAAUAAAACAAAAAAUUGUAAAUAAGAAGGGUAACAUGGUCGAUAAUAUCUUUCAAACGAUAUACGGAGCGUUGAAAGUUUUUUCUCUUGUUGGGAAGAAAUAUGGUACGAAAGUGCAACUUUCACGCGGAUGGGGCUACGUGUUGCAGCCAACACCGGAACUUUGGACAUUAACGGUUCCUCAUAGGACACAAAUCAUCUACAGUCCUGAUAUAAGUCUUAUUAUGUACUUGAUGGAUCUAACACCAGGAAACAUAAUUAUCGAGACAGGCACUGGAAGCGGAUCUCUUUCGCAUGCACUUAUUCGUGCGAUUCGUCCACAUGGGCAUCUUUAUACAUUCGAAUUUCACGAACAACGUGUGAACGUUGCUCGUGUUGAAUUUGAGAGACACGGUCUUAGUAAAUUUGUAACUUUAGGUCAUAAAGAUGUUUGCGUAGAAGGAUUCGGAGAAGAACUAAAAACUAAAGUAGAUGCAAUCUUUUUGGACCUCCCACAUCCAUGGCUAGCAAUCGAUCAUGCAUUACAUACAUUUAAGAAGUCAGGUGGAAAACUUUGUUCUUUUUCUCCUUGUAUCGAACAAGUUCAACGUACGUGUGAGAAAUUAAUAUCAAAAGGGUUCAUAGAAUUAAAUACAUACGAGUGUUUACAAAGAGAAAUGAACGUACAAUAUAGAAAUCUUUCUACAUUGGAUUUAGAAUGCCUGAAGUACGAGGAUAUGGCACAACAAAAUGAAAAUGAAAAGCAAAAUCAAACAAAACUUCUUACUGUAACGCACGCUCGUUCUCUGCCUGGUCAUACAGGAUUCAUCACUAUUGCAACGCUACCUCCAUUGUAUGCACGGAAAUCAGAAAUAUGUUUACAGUCCAAAGACUGAUUAAGCCUCAAAUAAUGGCAAAAAAUUACAAAACGUUGGUGAAAAUCUGUGAUGAACAAAGAAAGAGUUGUUAAGACUAGUGAAUAAUAAUCAGAUCCGAAACUCUUUUCAUACG